CGGGUCGGUGGGUCCUCCCGCGGGUGCCAUCAUGGCGGGACGGGGGCCUAGCCAGGUGCUGCUCAGCUCCGGCCUGACGCUCCUGUCCCAGCCCGCUUAUGUACGUCAAGGUGCUGGUGCAGGUGGGAUAUGAACCUCUUCCUCCAACUCUUGGAAGAAAUAUCUUUGGACGACAAGUCUAUCAGCUCCCUGGCCUUUUUGCAUAUGCUAAACACAUUAUGAAGAUUGAUGGAAAGAAAGGACUUUUCACAGGCUUAGCCCCCAGACUCUGUUCAGGAGCUGUUGGGACUGUAGUCCAUAGUAAAGUUUUGCAGCAGUACCAGGACAACGCUGAGGAAUUGGGACCGGCAUCUGGACCGAAAGCAAUUCCUUCCUCCCUCGACCAGGUUAUCAAGGAGACUUCUCGAGAGAUGGUUGCCCGGUCUGCUGCUACCCUCGUCACACAUCCCUUCCAUGUGAUCACCCUGAGGUGUAUGGUACAAUUCAUUGGCAGAGAGUCCAAAUAUUGCGGAGUUUUCGACUCCAUAUCAACCAUCUAUCAGGAGGAAGGCAUCCUAGGAUUCUUUGCGGGCCUUGUUCCUCGCCUCCUUGGUGACGUCAUUUCACUAUGGCUCUGUAAUACGCUGGCCUACCUCAUCAACACGUAUGCACUGGAGAGUGGGGUCUCCACCAUGAGCGAAAUGAAGAGUUAUUCCCAGGCUGUUACUGGGUUCUUCGCCAGUAUGCUGACCUAUCCUUUCGUACUAGUCUCCAACCUUAUGGCUGUCAACAACUGUGGGCUUGCCGGUGGAAUGCCUCCUUAUGCUCCGAUAUACUCUUCCUGGCUGGACUGCUGGUGUCAGCUACACAAAGAGGGAAACAUGAGCCGAGGAAAUAGUCUCUUUUUCCGGAAGGUUCCUUGUGGGAAGACCUACUGUUGGGACUUGAAGAUGUUUAUUUGAAGAUAUCUGGCAGAGACGAUGACAUUUCCGAAGUCCCAGAUAAACAAAAUUAUGGGAGAGAAUGUUGAUUUCUAUACAGUGUGGAGCUUUACUUUUUCUUUUUUUUUUAAUAAUCAGUUAAUCUUGGGAAAAUGAA